AUGAACACAAUUAAUAAGCAAUUCCUCUCGAAAGAGUCACUUUUCUUGAAGUUUCCUAAUGUACCACUUGAUGAGUGCAAUAUUGAAGACUUAUUGGUAGGUAUAAAAUCCAAGCAACCAUAUAAUGAACUUAUAGAUUUAACAUAUUAUCUUUUAAAGAAUAAUUCCUUAUCGUUAUCGGAAUUACUUAAAAUAUGGGAGAUUAGACUAAUAUUGCAUUUAUUUAAUAACCAAUUGACGUUUUCUAAGAAAGAAGCUAUUAAUUUAAACAAUGCAUUGUACUUGAAUGAAAACAACGAUAUCGCCCCACCACAAGGUCAGCAAGUCCAAAAUCCAAAUAGUAAUAAUGAUAGUAGAGCAAGCUCCAUGAAUUCAGGAAUUGGAAAUACACCAAGUCCAAGUCCCGGAUUACAACCAAUAUAUCCUUUACCAAAAAAUAAUAAUGGCCUAAUUGGCCAUAGCUUGUUGAUAAUGAUCCUCAGAUUGAGGUCUAUACCGAACUUGAGCCUCGUCAACGAGUUAUACAAGCUAUGUUAUCAGUUGAGGCUAAGAUCAUCGGGCGCUGAAGAGGAGAAAGUAGGCUUACAACUAAAGUUGAUCAACUUGAGCUAUGAUAUCAUUGUCAUACUCAGUAUCACCAAGAAUUACCAUACGUUACUCAAUUACUUAGAGUCGAUUAGAUAUGAGUUGGUGUUACAGAAGAAACAAAACCAACUUUCCGAUAUGUAUAGGCAGUAUCUAUCGAACGUGACAUUACUAUGGGUGAUUAUCCUUAUCAUGGUGUACGUUCGAAAUGGAACAAAGAAGGACAGGUUAACCGAUAUAAUUACCAAGCACUACCAAGACACAUUUGAGAACGAUGUCAAUGAAUUAUCUAUGAACAGUUUAUCGUAUGUGUUGUCCCACAUACUGCCUCUCCCGUCGUCAGAAGAAAUGGCCACGGUACCACCGGGUGCCCUAACAAUACUGCAUUUGGUGCAAUUGAUUCUACUGGGUGAUAUCUCUGGAAGAAUAAUAUGUUCUACAAUAGGCUUGUGGGAUAUCUCGAAUGUGCACGGAUACUCCUUGACCAAAGAUGACGAAUUUAAAUUAAAUCACCAGCCCAGUGAUGCCUCCGAUAACUUGUCGUCGUGUUACAAUGAAUUGACCAGCGACUGGGGCAGGUUUAUUUACAAGGUAUACGGAUUAGAGUAA